AUUGACCUAUUACUGUUUGCGCUGGUACGUGAUCUGUUGCUAGCAGAGACAACAGCUAGCAGCCUGGGAACAAUGUCAAGGUUUCUUUUGAAGGCAAACUUGAGGGCUUGUAUAGCCUCUCAGAUCAGGAUGGCGUCUGACCAGCUCGGUGAGUUGGGCAAAGGUGCAGGAAAAGGUGGUGGUGGAGGAGGCUCCGUGAGGGAGGCAGGGGGUGCCUUUGGGAGGAGACAAGCCGCAGAAGAGGAGAGAUACUUCAAGCAGAAGGAGAAGGAGCAGAUGGAGGCUCUGAGGAAGCAUCAUAGUGAGGAAAUCGACCACCAUAAAAAGGAAAUUGAGCGCCUACGGAAAGAAAUUUGUCGCCACGAGGGAAAGAUCAGAAGGCUGAAGCAUGACGACUAGAGAAUCUAACCAUAAUUUACUCCAAGCAUUUUAUCACAGAUGCUGCCGCCUGCUGGGCUAAAUCAUUUGAUCAUACAUUUAUUCCAAUAAAGUCUUAAUUUUUCACUUGUGA